CCAUUCUAGUGGCAUGUCACAUGGUUUGAUUUCCGUGUUAAAUUCUAAAGAAGGUCUGCCAUAGACUGCAAUGUGCAGACAGUUCAAGAUCACCGGGAAGAUGUUGUGUUUGUUGGGGGUUCCAUGUCUGCUGUUGUUCGGAAGUUCUGUUUUCGGGGCGCCUGAUGCCGACGAGAUAAAGUUUCUGCCUGGGCUCCCGAAACAACCCAGUUUCAAGCAGUACUCGGGUUACUUGAACGUUGCGGACAACAAGCACCUCCAUUAUUGGUUUGUCGAGUCGCAGUCAGACCCUGCAAAGAGCCCAGUGGUGCUUUGGCUGAAUGGGGGACCAGGCUGCAGCUCUCUGGAUGGACUCCUUACAGAGCACGGCCCCUUCUUGAUUCAGGAUGAUGGAGUGACCUUGAGCUUUAAUCCAUACUCUUGGAAUAAGAUUGCCAAUGUGCUAUACCUGGAGUCGCCAGCAGGAGUCGGGUUUUCCUACUCUGAUGAUGGCAAAUAUGCCACCAAUGACACAGAGGUUUCGAUGAAUAACUACCUCGCCUUGAAGGAAUUCUUCCGGCUUUUCCCUGAAUAUAAAGCCAAUCAGGUCUUCCUCACUGGAGAGAGCUAUGCUGGAAUCUACAUCCCUACACUGGCCGAGAGGGUUAUGGAGGAUGACAGCAUUGAUCUACAGGGCAUCGCUGUUGGAAAUGGUAUGUCCAGUUAUGAACUCAACGACAACUCCCUUGUCUACUUUGCAUAUUACCAUGGGCUCCUUGGAACAAGUCUGUGGGAAAGCCUGCAGAAAUACUGCUGUGAAGAUGAAAAGUGCAACUUCUACAACAACCCUAAUCAGAACUGCUCUGUGAAGCUGGGAGAGGUGCAGGAGAUUGUCUACAACUCAGGACUCAAUAUGUACAACCUGUAUGCUCCCUGUCCUGGAGGUGUGCCGGGAAGGGCGCGUUUUGAAAAUGGACAGCUUGUCAUCCGUGACCUGGGCAACAAUUUCAUCCAGCAUGAAAUGUCCGUCAUGUGGAACCAGAAACUGAGCAACUUCUUGACCUUCUACAAGUCAGGUGUCAGGCUCGAUCCUCCCUGUACAAACUCUACUCCAUCUACACUCUACCUGAACAAUGCUUACGUCAAGCAGGCCUUGCACAUCUCUCCCAAAGCCCUCAACUGGCAGAUUUGCAGUGCUGAGGUGAACAUGCAGUACGGCCGUUUGUAUAUGGACGUCAGGAAACAGUACCUCAAGCUGCUGGGAAAACUGAAGUAUCGCGUUCUGGUGUACAAUGGGGAUGUAGACAUGGCUUGCAACUUUCUCGGUGACGAGUGGUUCGUGGAGUCUCUCAAGCAAGAGGUGCAGGUGCAGCGGCGGCCGUGGAUCUACAACAACGGGGAGAGUGAACAGGUCGGGGGCUUUGUCAAGGAGUUCUCCAACCUAGCCUUCCUCACAGUCAAGGGAUCGGGCCACAUGGUUCCUUCUGACCAGCCCGUCGCUGCCUACACCAUGUUCUCACGGUUCCUUACGAAACAGCCUUACUGAGGGAUGCGCUGCUCGGUAGUCACCAUUCCUUCAUGUUUGUCUUGCACUGGAGCACUGUGAAAAUGCACAUCUGAUUUGUUAGAUCACUUGGAGGCAGGGUUUUAAUCCUCCAGUGGACUUUCUGUAGGAAAAGGAAAAAAAACAUUUUUUUCCAAAUCAUUUAAUCAUCUUUAAUGAGCACUUACUGCUGAAUGUUUGGACGCUCAUGAUUGUUGGAUUCUUGCCCAGGUUGUAGAGCAGUACAGAGCUAAAUGGUGGUACCUUUUUAAAAUGGAAUCUGCUACUGUGGUGAUCCACCUUUUUAAAAUGCACAUCUGUUAUGGUUUUCCUUCUUCCAUGUAUUCAUAUGCCCAAUGUGGGAGGGGGGAUAAACAUAAGCAUCAUUGCCACUGUUGGAUUACUUCUUCUGUUUUGGUUAUGUGAAAAAUCGGGUAACGGGUUAUGUAGUUUUUUUUUCUUGUUUGAGUGCCUCAAAGUGUUUAAUUCUGCAAAAAAAUGUGUGUAUCAGAAAAAGGGAAUUAUUUCAUCAUGUUGCAGUAUUGAUUGUUUUUAUAAUAAAGCUUUGUUCCUCCAAAAUUGA